AUGGUUUCUCCAAAAACCCGAUACUUAGUUUUCUUUCAAUACUUUGGCAGUAAAUAUAGUGGGGUCAUGGGGACGUCAAGCAACCAGGCACUGUUGGGAGUCCAGGAUUAUAUGGAGAAGGCAGCACAAAACCUGAAGUCCGUCAUUCCCAUCAAGUUCCACAUCUCGAGCCGAACGGACGCGGGUGUCCACGCACUCUGCAACUCCGCCCACCUUGACAUCCAGAGGGCCCCGGGAAAGCCGCCGUUCCACGAGAGAGAGCUCGUCUGCAGUCUCAAUCACUACCUGAAGCCUGAGCCCAUCCGCAUCCUGAGCGCCUGCCGGGUGGCCGAGAGCUUCCACGCACGCUUCUGCGCGCGCUCCAGGACAUACGUGUACCGGCUGCUGCUGGGCUGCUCCCACCACUCUGAAAUCCCAGUGUUCGAAAGGGAUCUCUGCUGGGCUCCUGCGGGAGGCCCCCUGGACGUGCCAGCCAUGCAGGACGCAGCAGGGUUCYUGCUGGGGACCCACGACUUCAGCACCUUCCGCUCGCUCAGCUCCGACACACCCCUCAAGUCUCCCGUAAGAACCAUCCUCCAGGCAGACAUCCGCCCCUCAGGUGGUCUCCUGUCCCACCACUAUGAGUACAGGGGACUGGAGUUUUGGGAGCUGGAGUUCAGGAGCAGAUCGUUUCUUUACCGACAGGUCCGAAGAAUGGCCGGGGCUCUAGUGGCCGUCGGCCAGGGGAAGUUAUCGCCUCUUCAUAUAAAGGAGUUACUGGAAAGAAAAGAUUCACGGGCUUUUCCACCUCAUGCUAUGGCUCCACCAUCUGGACUCUUCCUGAAAUCGGUAGCUUAUAACGAAGCAGACUUGGAGACAGCUCUGUGAGAUGUAGCCUGGCCUGAAAGGACCGUUGUGGAUGCGUAAGGGGCGCUUGCAGAGCACUCUGGGCACAGCAUUUGGUCUUGUCUCAAUAAACAUCGUUCACUGAAAAUGAAGGCAUCUUCCCCUCCAUUGUUCUGGCCCUCCAAGACUGCCAGAGGAAACAAAGACCAACCUGAUGCUGCUUUCAGAUGUCUGCGUUGUAUUUUCUUUUCUAUAUAUAUUCUGGUGCAGGACCAUCGCUCUCAAACAGGAAGAGAAAGGAGUCGACUUUGGGGUUUUUUGCUUUGUUUCAUUUGCCGAGUGGGUAGAUACUGAAUUAGAAUGAGAGCAAAUGCAGCACCCUCUGCUGCGUGCAGCACAGCAGAAAGGACAGCAGUUACUAGUGAACGUGGUCACUUACAGAAGCAGCUUUAAAAGCACUUACCAUUUCCUCUCCUCAACAGCCRCUCUCUCCCCAAACUGCAGCAGCUCAGACAUUAUUUUGUCCCUGAGAAAUAAGUCGCCUGUUGCUGUUWGGAUGUGGAUUGCUGCGAAGUUGCUUUCUUUUCCCUUAAGCCCUAUUUAAUCUCUUACAGGAGCGGGGCUCUCUUCCCAAGGUCAAUAAGCCUAGCAUGCACUAACAACCCAGGAACAGCUGAAUCGGGGAGCUGAUGAGGACACCAAGCGCAGCGGGGCA